AUGUCUGACUCAAAUACUAAUGAGUUUGAAAGUGAAACAGCUAGUGAAAACGGAAACUCAGAAUAUGAAUUCAAUACUAGUUAUAAUGAAGGAUCCAAUAAUACGUUUAAUGAGAUAGAUAAAGUCUCUGACGAUUUACCGACAUAUCAAAGAUUUAUGUUAUCAUUAGAUGAAUGUGGUAGAAUAUUCGGUCCCCAAGGUCAAUACUUAAGAAAAAUUAAACAGGAUAAUCAUGUUAAGAUAGAUGUCACCGAAAAACAAGUUGGUUGUUCCGAUAGAAUUUUAACUUGUGCAGGUACUAUUCAAAAUAUUAGUCAAGCAAUGACUGAUAUUGUAUCAUUAUUAAUAAGUAAUCAACCAAUUGAAAUUAAAAAAUAUCCAUUUUAUUUCUUAAAUUCAUUCUUACCACCACCUGAGUUAUCAGAUUUUAAUACAAUUUCAUCAUUAAAUGAAAUUUAUAAUAUUAGAGUCAUUUUAACUAAUACACAGAUUUCUUCAAUUAUUGGGAAACAAGGCCGUACUAUUAGACAUUUGAUUGAUGUUAACGAUGUUAAGAUUGUUGCAUCUCGUAAUUUUUUACCUGAUUCAGAUGAAAGAAUCCUUCAAAUACAAGGUCCAGCAGAGGCAAUUGGUUCUACAAUUGAUGAUAUUGCAAAGACUUUGAAUGCAGAGAUUAAUAUUGAUCAAAUCACGGAAAGACAUUAUUUCCCACAUGUAUUAGCUAAUAGUGAACAAAAGAUUGUAACAUUCCGUUCAUCCAAUAACAACAAUAAUAAUACUGCUAGUAAUAAUUCUGCUGCUAGUAAUGGUAAUAGUAAUAAUCAUAAUAGUAACAACAAUCAAAGAAGAUCUUCAAGAUCUUAUGAAGGUCAAUUUCAAGCUACUGUAUUGAUUCCAGAUACUUUGGUUGGUGCUAUGAUGGGUACUAGAGGUAAUAGAAUUUCAAAUUUAAGAAAAUUCACACAUACAAGGAUUGAUACAGGUAAGAUGGAUGAUGUAGAAUCAAAUUAUGUUGAUACCGCUAAUGAAACAUUUAGAAAGUUUAUAAUUAGUGGUGAUAAUAUGGACAAUGUUAAAAAAGCUGAAGCGUUAUUAAAUUCCAAUUUGGAAAGUGAAAUUAAAAGACGUGAAGAAGCUGAAAUUAAUGAUAAUUAA